AUGCCUCGAUCAUCCGCGUCUCUGGCCAGGAGCUCGAUGACAUUGACAUUAUUUCUCGCUGGUUCGACUUUACUGCCGCGCGGAGAAAGUCGUUCCAGCGAUGAUGACGAUGAAAAGGGUUACACGAAAGGAUACAAGUUUGACAAGCAGGACUCAGACGACGGGUCUUGGAGGGAUAACAAAUACGAUGAUGGGGAUGAUGACUAUUCCACCACUCAUAAAACCAAGUGGUGGACGGCUUCCGAGACAGCUUCAGAGUCCCCUUGGAGUGCCACCGUCUCGCCGUCGGCAACUACGACCAAAUGGCACAAAUCCACUUCCACUUGGUCCUCGUCCACUUCGACCGCUCUGUCAAGCACAACUUCCCCCUCUCCCAACAAUCUUUUAACCACGUUGCUCCCGGCUCAAGCGUCAGACUCUGCAUCACCGCAAGCCCGACAGGUCAACCCCGUGGCCAUCGCUGUACCAUUAGCCAUCUGUGGCUUGAUAGGCUUCAUUGCUCUCCUGUUCUGUGCCAAGAAGAGGAGUGCCAAGACUCGAUCGGCGCCUCAGCCCUCUGAUAUUGAGAAAGAGCUGCAGAGCUUGAUCCUGAGGCAGCAGACGAUCACGUCUGGCCAGAGCCGCGCGAGUGACGGAGUGACCAUUACAAAACGCGACGGAGGACAGGUAUCUGACAAUGACAGCAGACAUCCACCGUCCGUUCGACGCUCAGAAAGCUAUUUCGCAGAAGAAGAUCGUCGUCGCGCCAUGGAUAUGGAAUACACCCACGCACGAUCCUAUCGAUCUGACUCGCGACACGACUCGCACCACCAAGAGCCAUUUUCGCGAUCCGAGACCCCCUCCUAUCGCUCCUACCCCAGCAGCCACAGUGACACCUGCGUGACCCCCACGGACUCGCGAAGUAUGCACGACCGAUUCACCCGUCUCCCCUCUCGAUCGCGGUUCAGCCAACUCUAUUCGGAUGUGCAACGGCCCGAUCGACAUGACAUCGAUUAUUACGCACCGACGCGAAAGUCCGCACCAAACCCAGGUGGCUUUCCCAUGAUCGAAUGCGAGUGUUCAUCCUGCCGUCAAGGCUACCUGCACAGACCGCGCGAUCAUUUCCUCAACCGUCAGCCCUCUCUACUUUCCAAACGGACGAACACGGACAACGGCAGCUUGGCGAACCCAUACUCUAAGACUGAGGAUCACUAUGAUAUUUUCGAAUCCUACUACCGUCCCAAAUCCCUGCGACUCAGUCGACCGUUCGCCUCGCACUCGACACAGGGGUACCGAUCUGAAAUGGAAAGACUAAUUGCCAAGCAGUCUCAAUAUCGGCUCAGCGAACCGUUGACCAGGGAUCACAGCCUGGGAAGCUCGAUGGAUAGUCGAUACGCUAGGAGUCAGGGUCACUCAGCCGAUGGUUUGUAUGAGAGUUUACGGGUCGCGCUGGAAGCCCCUCAUCGGCGAUAG